UCUGAGCACCCCGUCCUGGGGCACCAUGGCUUCUGCUGCAGACGCCCCCUCCUCCACGGGCGCCCGGGAUGCGGCCGAUCAGAACUUCGACUACAUGUUCAAGUUGUUGCUGAUCGGCAACAGCAGCGUGGGGAAGACCUCCUUCCUCUUCCGCUACGCCGACGACUCCUUCACCCCCGCCUUCGUCAGCACCGUGGGCAUCGACUUUAAGGUCAAGACCGUCUACCGCAACGACAAGAGGAUCAAGCUGCAGAUCUGGGACACGGCGGGCCAGGAACGCUACCGGACCAUCACCACGGCCUACUACCGCGGGGCCAUGGGCUUCCUCCUCAUGUACGAUAUUGCCAACCAGGAGUCCUUUGCUGCCGUACAAGACUGGGCCACACAGAUCAAGACCUAUUCCUGGGACAAUGCCCAGGUCAUCGUGGUGGGCAACAAAUGCGACCUGGAGGACGAGCGGGUAGUGGCAGCUGAGGACGGCCGGAGGCUCGCCGACGACCUGGGGUUCGAGUUCUUCGAGGCCAGCGCCAAGGAAAACAUCAACGUCAAGCAGGUCUUCGAACGCCUGGUGGACGUCGUCUGUGAGAAGAUGGACGCGUCUCUGGAGCCCAGCUCCAGCCCCGGCAGCAACGGGAAGGGCCCCGCCCUGGGGGACACUCCGCCCCCGCAGCCCAGCAGCUGCAGCUGCUAGACCUGGCCCAGGCUGUUCUCCUGGAGUGGCCCACCAGAGGGGACUUUGCUUGUGGGAGAACCAGCCUCCAGGUGCCCUCCGUCCUGGGCACUGACUGACGCUUAGCAACUGGCAGAUCAGGUGUGGCAUCGCACAGUGUGGGUCAUCCGGGGUCAGUGCUGCAAAGGGGGGUGGUUGCUAAGGCAUCUCAGGUCCCCCCUGCCCCACGUCCAGCUCCCAUCCACCUCUCAGACCCCAAGGGUCCAGGACAGAAAGCAGACGUUGGCCCUGAUGGCUGCCGCCCUACCCCUGUCGGCCUGCAGCCUGCCCAUUUGCGAAAUCAGUAUUAGCUCAGUGUUUGCUUUGGAGGAAAGCUCAAGGAGUUUGAGACC